AGCUGUAGCAGUCGACUGGCUGACUGUUCCUCCUUCAAGUGAAAUUGCUGCCAUCAAUAUCGAUCGAAAAGCCACAGUACACGCUCGUUGCUGCCACUCGUGACACUUGCGCCCUUUGCAUGGUGGCUGCUCCUUGCCUUGGUGAGCUCAAGGAUCAACCAGAGAGCUGGAGGCUAACUGUGAUGCAACUGCUUCUCUUCUCGCCUUCGCCUUCAAGUUGUCUUCCUCUUUCCAAUUCCCUCAUCCACUCACUUUUCGAACCAUCACCUGUUACAGAAAGCUUCCAGAAACAACCCCUCCAGUGCGUCAUCUAAACACCUUACGGACAGCCUAUUUUUGCCCCGCCUGGCAGCCCUGGUCCGCUCCACACCAAGCACUCAAUCGCUCUGCUGUGGACAUCGGACAAGCCUGCAUUUCUGGGAUAGGCAUUCUUCCUUGCCUGUUCACGUCCCAGACAACGGACUACACACAGGCCACUAGGCUUAUUGAUUUGCCCCUACCGAAGGGGUCCUUUUCUUAUCCUACCUAAACCAUCUCCAGCCGAACCUCCCCACAUCUCAAACCCUCGCCUCCAAUGUCACUUCCUACUUCUUACCAAGCUGUCAUUGAUGCUUUAACCAAAGACUUGCUCAGUGACAAGCCUGAGGAUCCUCUUCAAUACUGCGCGAAUUAUUUCACCCGCCAGCUCGAAUCCGAGCGAGCAACCUCUCGAUCCUCCCAGUCGACCACCAGUGCGAACGGCAAGAUGACAGACACUGCUGGUCCCUUUGACCGCAACCCUUUCGCAGCGAAGAAUGUUAACAGCAUACAAGAGGAGGAUGAAGAACGCGAUAAUUUUGGCUCACCAACCGAUGCUACAUUCAAAUCUCGGGACUCAGGCCGUUCACCCUUCGGCGGCUCUGGCUUCGGAGCUGCCGGUGGUGGUGGUGGUGGUGGCGGUGCUGCUGCCGGGGGAACAUUGUUUGGCAACUGGUUAGGUACACAAGGGGCAGGAGAGACAGGAGAGCAACCAACUGAACCAGCCACUGGCAAGUACGCUGCAGGUCGUAGGACCUCAGUGUCUGCCGAAUCAAUGCAACCCGACGCUGAUUCGGGCAAUUGGAAGCCACCUAAGCACUCAAAAACUCCCGACCAAUUUGAGCGACUCAAGCAUGCAGUGGCUGGCAAUUUCUUGUUCUCGAGUCUUGAUGAGGAAUCAUUCCACUUGGUCUUGGAUGCUUUGGUGGAGAAGUCAAUCCCUGCAGCCAACAUCAAAGUCAUCACUCAAGGCGACGAGGGUGAUUUCUUCUAUGUUAUUGAAUCAGGCGAUUUUGACAUCUACAUCAAUCCCAGUGGCUCAGUCGAGGCCGGUGCUGAAGGCAUGGGAAACAAGGUUGGCACGAUUGGACCUGGAGGCAGCUUUGGUGAAUUGGCGCUGAUGUACAACGCUCCUCGUGCCGCCACUAUUGUCAGUGCUUCCAAAGGAGGAUUGCUGUGGGCACUCGAUCGUCUCACAUUCCGCCGCAUUCUCAUGGACAAUGCCUUCCAGAAGCGAAAGAUGUACGAAGGCUUCCUAGAAGAAGUACCACUGCUUGCAUCACUCAAACCCUAUGAAAGAUCGAAGAUCGCCGACGCCUUGGAGACAGUCAAGUACGGUGCCGGUGACAAGAUCAUUACGGAAGGAGAACCUGGUGAUGCCUUCUAUCUUUUGGAGUCUGGUGAGGCUGCUGCUUUCAAACAAGGUAUUGACAAUCCAGUCAAGGAAUACCACAGAGGUGAUUUCUUUGGUGAAUUGGCACUACUGGAUGACAAGCCUCGCGCUGCGACUGUGGUGGCAAAGACUCCUGUCAAAGUCGCUAAGCUUGGAAGAGAUGGAUUCAAGCGUCUUCUUGGACCAGUGGAGAGUAUCAUGAGACGCGAAGAGUAUGAUGCAGGAGACCCUCUGAGCCAGCAGAAGACGGUCACAUAGGAGAUGGCCAUCCGAGCAAAGGAAUUUUGACGGGGUUGAAUGCUUUACGAUCGGAUCGGAAGGAGCAAUGAUGAAACUGAAACGAAACAGUAUACCAAAGCAGAGCAAUAUCGUUAAGGAAUGAAUUAGUUUUCGGAGGGAUGAAUGCCUCGGAGAAUUCAUGUUGAUUGAUCGAAUGGCUGGACCAGGGAAUGAAGGCUGGCAUGAGAAGAAUCACUGCAAUCUUCAGCAUCAGGUAGCAAGUAUCAAAGCUGUGGCACUCAAUCUAGGUCGAGUUCCAUUCUCCGAAGCCCUGGGGUUUUCGCGAAUUCACAUGCCCCUUGCAGAUGCUUGGG